CACCGGCCAUCGUCGCGAUCAAUUAAUCCAUGUCAAAACACCACCAAGGGUGGCCUCCGACCUCCGUCCACCUUCUUCUCCGAUGACACCGCCACAACAACCACCGCUACCGCCACCGUCCACUGUUACUCAACAUAGCUCCACCUCGGAUUCCGCCUCCACUUCCUCUGCGACCCCUUCAGAUAUGUGGAACUAUUUAUGGAUCCCUUUUUUAGUCUCUCUAUGUAAAGAAGUUAGUUCCGGUAAAACUUCUUCCGAGCCAACGAUCCUCUUGCCGUCUGAUUCCGAUUCCAGACUGUCGUCUACGUUUCCUACGCCGGAAUCCAAGCUGAAUUUCCGUCCGAUCAUUGGAAUUCUCAGCCAUCCAGGAGAUGGUGCCUCCGGUCGACUUAAUAAUGCCACCAAUGCUUCAUAUAUUGCCGCCUCUUAUGUGAAGUUCGUUGAAUCGGCGGGUGCUAGGGUUAUUCCACUCAUAUAUAACGAACCUCCUGAGAUUCUCCAAAGCAAACUGAAUCUGGUGAAUGGAGUUCUUUUUACUGGUGGAUGGGCUAAGAAUGGCCUGUACUUCGAGGUGGUUGAAGGGAUUUUUAAGCAAGUUCUGAAGAAGAAUGAUGCAGGAGACCAUUUUCCCUUGCUAGCGAUUUGCUUAGGUUUCGAACUCUUAACCAUGAUCGUUAGCAAAAAUAAUAAAAUCCUUGAAGAAUUUAGCGCAUCAGAUCAAGCAUCUACAAUUCAAUUCAUGAAAAACAUUGAUAUUGAAGGAACAGUUUUUCAAAGAUUUCCUGCUGAAUUGCUUGCAAAGUUAAGUACAGAUCGUCUUGUGAUGCAGAAUCAUAAAUAUGGUAUAUCACCAGAAACAUUUCAAGAAAACAAGAACCUGUCCGAUUUCUUCAAGAUCUUAACAACUAGCACCGAUGAAGAUAACAAGGUUUAUGUGUCAACAGCUCAAUCACAAAGAUAUCCGGUGAUUGCUGUCCAGUGGCACCCAGAGAAAAAUGCUUUCGAGUGGGGCUUGUCGAAAAUUCCACAUUCAGAUGAAGCAGUUCAAGUGACUCAACAUGUUGCCAACUUUUUUGUAAGCGAGGCUAGAAAAUCUUUGAACAGACCACCGGUCCGAAAAGUGCUGGAUAAUCUUAUUUACAAUUACAGUCCCACUUUUUGUGGCAAGGCUGGCAAGGGAUAUGACGAGGUUUACAUCUUCACUGAAAACCUUGCACGGAUUUAGUUUGUAAAUGUUGUAUCAGUUGUGCAAACAGCAAACCAUUUGUAGAAACUAAGCGAAUGCUUAGAAACCGUAUUGAAUGAUAACCAUCAAAUUUCGGUGGUUAACUGUAAAAUAUCUGAACCAAGAGGUAGCCGAGAGUGAUUAACGGGGACAAAUUAAAACU